AUCUAGUGCAAGAAAAACAGACUUAACCAAAGAUUGAAUUGAAUUAUCACCUUUAAGUCAAUUGCGCAGCCGUGUCGUCUUUGAGUACAGGACGCACAUCUAGAAUAUCUGUGCGCUGUGACUGUUGAUCGAAAAAAAGAUUCGAAGCUUCAUUCUAAUCGAUUAAAUUUAAUGUUGCAACACUAUAUAUUUCUCACGCAAAUUGCAACACUAUAUAUUUCUCAAACCAUACGUUCAAAUCUCUUCCUCCUUUCGGAUCCGCAACUCUAAAGUAGCUGUAAGCUGAAAACUUCGCCGCGCGCAACAGCAGGUAGUUGCGAUGCGAGGAGGUGCAAGUGCAGUUGCUGGCUGAUGCAAGUGCAAUGUAGUGCAGCUGAAUGAACGUGCGGAAAUUGGCGGAAAUCAACGGAGAUCGUGCGUGUUUCUCUAUCUUCUUUCCUGGAUGGAUCUUAAUGGAUCUUCGUCCUUAUUGGGACGAAGUGUCACGGUUUGCUGAUUGUUUGAACUCAUUCGUCUGCGCGAUAAUUUCUGACGUGUAACGCCAUUGGUCGACUAAAACUAAGAAUCAGUGAUAACCUUGGUGGUCGCGUUGACUUCUCACUUCAGAAUCGAGGAUCGCGACAUCGGCGAAGUCAGGACGGGAGUCCGCGACAUGUAAUCGGACUCGGAGUACACUUGUGUUAUUCGUAUUCUUCUUGAUGCACCUCGCGUGGCUGAACGACUAUUCUACGUUAAACCUGUGUGAUGAUCUCCGUGACGGUGACGGUCAGCGAGUCGCAGUCGAAGCCGAGACUCCAAGGCGUCGAUAAGAUCUUCCCGAUUUAUUGACGAAGGAGAGGAGAAAAUGACGGAAAGCUUGAUAAACGAGUGGCUGGCUGACUGCAAGGAUGUCACGCCGUCGGAGCUGCACAUGUUCGCUAGAACCCUCUCGGAGGAUAAUGAGAUUGUGCGAGCGCUUUAUGUGCUCCUGGAGGAGCGCACCAAGUACAGCGAGUUAAUGGACGAAGUGUGUAACCAGUUGUACAACUUUUACCGAUCUCGAGAAAUAGAGUUACAAAGGUUCACCCUACAAUUUCUACCAACGCUAAUAUAUAUUUAUUUAAAUUCUGCCGCACAUGGUGAUAUUAAGAGUUGUCGCUCCCUUGAAACUCUAUUAAUUGGAUUAUAUAAUCUAGAAGUGGUCGAUAAAUCAGGACAACAAAAAGCAAUUUCAUUUAGAUUACCAUCCCUUGCUAUGCUAUCUAUAUAUCAUGAGCCUGCGAGUCUAGCACCAGCCUCACUAACAGAAAGCGCCGUACGUCGUUUUGAAGAAUGUAACUCGAAACUUGUGAGCUGGGGUCCAUUGCAACAAGUAGAAACAUUAAAUGCACAAAAUAGAUUGAAAGUUAUGACAGCCUUACUUUUUAUUUAUAAUCAACAACUUGGAUAUAUAAAUAAAUUUGCUCUAGAACAAUUGUGCAAGGUUGCAACAAAACUUGUUACUCAAGGAUUUAUGAAACCAGGACAUCAUCAACGUUCCUCAUAUGGCAGUGAGUCUAGCUUUGUUCCAAGGCUUUUACCACGUAUACCAGUAUCCAGCCAAUUCCUCUUGGAAUUCUUGCAUGCUGUAUAUUUUGCCAUGUAUAACGAAUGUUGGUAUGUAGGAACUCAAGCUAUAGAAGAUAUUCAUAACAGAGCAUGUUAUGAAGCAUAUCCAAAUGUAAUGUUAGUUACCAACGCUAUACGCAAUUCUGCCAGUUCUGGAGCACCAGGUCAACCGAGCGAUGGACCAAUUGGAAUUAGUGUUGCAUUGUCCCCAGCAACUACUACACCAACCAUUUCAAAGUCUAUGAUCACAAAUGCUUCCUUUCGUACUAAGAAAUUACCAGAUGACAUACCAAUACAAGUUAUAAAAGAUGACACUACCGGAGAGGGUAAAGGUAACCUGGUGUCAAUCAUGGAGGAAUCAGAAUCAACUGAGCCGAAUCGUAUUGGUUCCAUGAGACAAUCAAAGGAUCAAAAGACUGCUUCGAAGAUUACGAAUUUCCCUGUGCUAGGAAAAAAACCUAAAGAGAAAGAAGGAAAGGUAACAAAAAAUGCUCAUAUCGCAUCCGAAAAGGAGAAGAAGCUCAGUUCUCAGGCGACAUCGAAGGAGAGUAUUAAAGGGAGUUUAUCAAUGUUAAAUAGUGAACAGCAAGCAGAAAUUGACGCAAAUGUCAAUGGAUGUGCGAUUCGAAAAAAAAAUAAUAUAGAAAAUAAUGCGAUCAUAAUAGAUCCAAAUGUAGCGUUGAUUGACGGCGAGAGACUGGCGUUAAGUAGAGAGACUGAUAUUACCGAUGGUAAUAAUAUGGAAAAUUCUAUUAAUUUAAGAACACACAAUGAAACAGAAUCUAUUGGUUCUUCUAUUCAAAUCAGCUCUGUUUAAUGACGAUAAAAAGUCUAUAAAAAAUGUUACAUAAAAAUAAUAGUAAUGAGUUGAAGUUAUUAAGCAAAUAAGCCAUUUUCUUCCAUCUAACAAAAUCUUAUUAAAUCCAUGUAUAAUGUAUACACGUUGCCUUUUCCUAGAAUUAUUUAAGAUCACAAGCACUAUUUUCUCAACAAUGUAUAUUGCCACUACAUUGUGCGAUACU